AUGGUCAACUCCUGUUGUGGAUCCAUCUGCUCUGAGCAGAGCUGUGGCCAAGGCUGCUGUCAGCCCAGCUGCUGCCAGACCACCUGCUGCAGGACCACCUGCUGCAGGACCACCUGCUGCCGCCCCAGCUGCUGUGUGUCCAGCUGUUGCAGGCCCUGCUGCCGCCCCAGCUUCUGUGUGUCCAGCUGCUGCAGGCCCUGCUGUCGCCCCAGCUGCUGUGUGUCCAUCUGUUGCCAGCCUAGCUGCUGCCGCCCCAACUGCUGUGUGUCCAGCUGCUGCAGGCCUUGCUGUCGCCCCAGCUGCUGUGUGUCCAGCUGCAGCACGCCCUGCUGUCGCCCUAUCUGCUGUGUGUCCACUUGCUGCCGGCCCACCUGCUGCAGUGGUUCUUGCUGCUGCUGCCACCCCAGCUGCUGCCAGACCACCCACUGCAGGACCACCUGCUGCCACCACAGCUGCUGUGUGUCCAGAUGCUGCAGACCCUGCUGCCAGUCUGUGUGCUGCCAGCCCUGCUGCCGCCCCUGCUGCAGUGGUUCUUGCUGCUGA